AUGGAGCCUCAGGAUCAGACGGCAGUAGUGGGAUCGAGAGUGACGUUACCAUGCAGAGUAGAAAACAAAGCAGGUCAGCUGCAAUGGACGAAGGAUGAUUUUGGACUCGGACUACAUCGAGAACUUAGUGGCUACGACCGAUACAAGAUGAUCGGGAGCGAUGAAGAAGGAGACUAUUCUUUGGACAUCAGAGACGUGACUUUAGAUGACGACGCUAAAUAUCAGUGCCAAGUCAGCUCUGGAAUCAAAGGUGAACCGGCGAUUCGAUCGCGAUACGCACGACUCACUGUGUUGGUGCCCCCAGAGCCGCCGCGCAUCGUCGAAGGCAAUUUCUUUUCAACGAUAGAGGAUAGAAAUAUCAAAUUGGAGUGUGUGUCCGUUGGUGGAAAACCGCCAGCUGAGAUUACGUGGGUGGAUAGUAAUGCUGGUGUUUUGACGCAAGGCGUCACCUACAGUGUUGAGCCCAUGCCUGAUGGGCAAAGGUUUACAGCCAGGUCAAUUAUAAAGAUGACUCCGAAACAGGAGCAUCACAACCAAACAUUUACGUGUCAAGCUCAGAACACCGCUGACAGAGCCUACCGAGCUGCCAGCAUACAAAUAGAGGUCAAAUACGCUCCCAAAGUGAAGAUGUACAUCAAAUCUGGUGUCAAUGGAAAGAUUCCAGAAGGAGACGAUGUAGUUAUAGCUUGCAAAGCCGAUGCAAACCCAUCCAAUCUGACUUACAAGUGGUUUCUAAAUGAAAAACUUGUAGAUGGAAAUACUACUGAGUUGAAAAUCUACAACAUCACAAGAAAAUACCACGACGCAACUGUAAAAUGCGUAGUCUACAACGAUGUUGGUAACAGCGAAGAAAUAGAAACACUUGAAAUAACUUAUGCUCCGACGUUCAAGAGUCUUCCAAAGGACGUUGAAGCAGAAGUAGGAACCACAGUAACCCUCAGCUGUGAUGUCGAUGGAUACCCCCCUCCUGAGAUAAGGUGGCUACAUCAUGAAGAAGACCAGAUGAUUAGGGUGGGCAGAACGGCAAACCUGACUCUUACUCUGGACACCCAUACUUCGGGUCGAUACCUAUGCAAGGCAAGCGUCGACGGUUACCCUGAAAUAGAGGCUGAAGCUUCAGUUUUUAUUAAAGGUCCUCCGAAGAUAAUUUCUAACCAGACCCAAUUUGGAUCUCAAGGGGACACGGUGAACAUUGAAUGUGCAGCCUUUGCGGUACCGAGAAUAGACAAUAUCAUAUGGACUUUUGAUGGGAAAGAGAUCGAUUCCAUACAUGAUCAGGACUAUGCAUUUUUGGAAGAGUUACAAUCAGGAGGUGUUGUGAACUCCACGCUAAUCAUCAGAGAAAGCCAGUCUAGACAUUUUGGUGUCUACAAAUGCAACGUCUCCAAUGACUAUGGUAGUGACACCAUGGAAAUAAUAUUAAGGCCUAACAAAACAUUCCCACUCCUUCUAAUCUUGUUCGGAGUGACAUCAGGAACGAUAAUGGUGGCAGCAGUCAUAAUGCUGGUAAUACUAUGUCAAAGAAAACAAAGGAAAAACAAACAGACACAAGUUACUGAGAAACCUGAUGUCACAGUCACUGCAGAAGAACUGUACAAAGAAAACGACAGGAAUUCAAAUAUAAGUGAUUUGAAAUUAGAACUGAGACAAGCAAAUGGCAGCUGUGAAAUUGAUUACUCAAACACCGGAUCGGAUAGCACAUUAUGUUCGAAUGCUAAACUUGGUAGCGGCAUUCCGCUCGCUGGAACGGUGCCUCUAUCGUCUAUAAACCAGCAGAACACAUACCAACCGUACAGAUAUAGCAACGACUACACGGACCCCGCGUACGCUGAUUGUUAUAAGGUCAACGGUUUCAACAAUGGCUAUCAAACGUAUGUACAUUACGGCCAUGAUUAUACUCCUGGAUCUUUGAGGGUACAGUCACCAACAAUGAGCAGUGAAAAACUUACGCCUAAUAGGUCCGUCAACGGCAGCUUACCACGUAGCGUGGAUACUCCAUCGACAGUCCAAUUUAACACUGGCAAUGGGUCACAAAAUAAUUCACUCCAGAGAAAACAAAAAAGGCAGGAUAGCAGCAAUGCCCUGAAUAACCUUGGGCUUCCCACACCUGAUGCGAACCGAGUACCAAAUGGCGGGAUCAUCCACGGUGUAGAUGUUCGGUACGCGGCAACCUACGGCAACCCCCACUUAAGAACAGGUGGAGGUCUUGGGUUUGCUACGACGGUGAACACCGCCAAACCAGCAUCAACUCCAGCACCACCACCAUACUCCUCUGUCAGAAGUUCCGUGGUGCUACCUUCAGGUAAUUCAUCGCAUUCGAUAACGUCACCAACCAGUCUGGCGUCACCGCAAUGCGCAACCAGCCCUAUUACCACUUCAACCAUGUCCACCGACAGUACGCAACCAGCGGUUGGGGUGGCCACAUCGUCAGCGACACCACAAUCGCCAAGUGCGCACUACAUAUUGGCACCAUCAAAUAGAACUAUAAGUAAUGCGACUGUUACCAAAAAAGGCCCGAGCGUACGGCGCGUAGCGUUCCGCGCGCGCCUCAAAGAGCCAUUAGACCACCACAGAUGGGGCCCUAAAGGGCUGAUGUUCAGCCGGGGUUGCGGGGUAAGCGCAAUGAGGCACCGCGACCUCGGCACAGAGCAGGAGAAGGAACAGGGGGGUUUUUAG